CAGAACCAUCCACUAAGUCUCCUGUAGCCCUCUCGCAUCAACUGACCUUCACUGCAGUCCCUGUCACUCAAGAUGAGUGGCUUCCUCGCCUCCCUGGACCCCCGGCGGGUGCAGUGGGGGGCUGCCUGGUAUGCCAUGCACUCCAGGAUCCUGCGCACCAAGCCAGUGGAGUCCAUGCUGGAGGGAACAGGGCCCACCACGGCGCAUGACACCAAGCUAGCCCAGGUGCUCACCACUGUGGACCUCAUCUCCCUCGGCGUCGGCAGCUGUGUGGGCACUGGCAUGUACGUGGUGUCUGGCCUGGUGGCCAAGGAAAUGGCAGGACCUGGUGUCAUUGUGUCCUUCAUCAUUGCAGCCGUCGCCUCCAUAUUAUCAGGUGUCUGCUAUGCAGAGUUUGGAGUCCGAGUCCCCAAGACCACAGGAUCCGCCUACACUUACAGCUAUGUCACUGUCGGGGAAUUUGUGGCGUUUUUCAUUGGCUGGAAUCUGAUCCUGGAGUACCUGAUUGGCACUGCCGCUGGUGCCAGUGCUCUGAGCAGCAUGUUUGACUCACUGGCAAACCACACCAUCAGCCGCUGGAUGGUGGAGAGUGUGGGAACCCUCAACGGCCUGGGGAAAGGUGAAGAAUCAUACCCUGACCUUCUGGCUCUGGUGAUCGCAGUCAUUGUGACCAUCAUCGUCGCUCUGGGGGUGAAGAAUUCUGUGGGCUUCAACAAUGUCCUCAACGUGCUGAACCUGGCAGUGUGGGUGUUCAUCAUGAUUGCGGGCCUUUUCUUUGUCAACGGGAAAUACUGGGCUGAGGGCCAGUUCCUGCCCCAUGGCUGGUCAGGGGUACUGCAAGGAGCAGCCACAUGUUUCUAUGCUUUCAUUGGCUUUGACAUCAUCGCCACCACCGGAGAGGAGGCCAAGAAUCCCAACACAUCCAUCCCUUAUGCUAUCACCGCCUCCCUGGUCAUCUGCCUGACAGCCUAUGUGUCCGUGAGCAUGAUCUUAACUCUGAUGGUGCCAUAUUAUGCCAUUGACACGGAAUCCCCACUCAUGGAGAUGUUUGUGGCCCAUGGGUUCUAUGCUGCAAAAUUUGUGGUGGCUAUUGGAUCUGUUGCAGGACUGACAGUCAGCUUGCUGGGCUCCCUCUUCCCAAUGCCAAGGGUCAUUUAUGCCAUGGCUGGUGAUGGGCUCCUUUUCAGGUUCCUGGCUCACGUAAGCUCCUACACAGAGACACCAGUGGUGGCCUGCAUCGUGUCGGGGUUCCUGGCAGCUCUCCUCUCACUGUUAGUCAGCCUGAGAGACCUGAUAGAGAUGAUGUCCAUUGGCACACUCCUCGCCUACACCUUGGUCUCUGUGUGUGUCUUGCUCCUUCGAUACCAGCCUGAGAGUGACAUUGAUGGUUUUGUCAAGUUCUUGUCCGAGGAGCACACCAAGAAGAAGGAGGGCGUUCUGGCUGACUGCGAGAAGGAGACUUGUUCUCCUGGGAGUGAAGGGGAAGAGUUCUCCAGCCCAGCCACCAACACUUGUGGGGCCAAGAACUUACCAUCCCUGGGAGACAAUGAGAUGCUCAUCGGGAAAUCAGACAAGUCAACCUACAACGUCAGCCACCCCAACUACGGCACCGUGGACAUGACCACAGGCAUAGAAGCCGAUGAGUCUGAAAACAUUUAUCUCAUCAAGUUGAAGAAGCUAAUCGGGCCCCGUUAUUACACCAUGAGAAUCCGGCUGGGCCUUCCGGGCAAAAUGGACCGGCCCACGGCAGCGACAGGGCGCACGGUGACCAUCUGCGUGCUCCUGCUCUUCAUCCUCAUGUUCAUCUUCUGCUCCUUCAUCAUCUUUGGUUCGGACUACAUCUCACAGCAGAGCUGGUGGGCCAUCCUUCUGGUUGUUCUGAUGCUGCUGCUGAUCAGUGCCCUGGUGUUUGUGAUCCUGCAGCAGCCAGAGAACCCCAAGAAGCUGCCCUAUAUGGCCCCUUGCCUCCCCUUUGUGCCCGCCUUUGCCAUGCUGGUGAACAUCUAUCUCAUGCUAAAGCUGUCCACCAUCACAUGGAUCCGGUUUGCGGUCUGGUGCUUUGUGGGUAUGCUCAUUUAUUUUGGGUACGGCAUCUGGAACAGCACCCUGGAAAUCAGCGCUCGAGAGGAGGCCCUGCACCAAAGCACGUACCAGCGCUACGAUGUAGAUGACCCCUUCUCGGUGGAGGAGGGUUUCUCCUACGCCACAGAGGGUGAGAGCCAGGAGGACUGGGACGGGCCGGCCGAGGACAAAGGCUUCUCUUACCAGCAGAUGUCAGAUGCAAAGGCAAACAGCCGGACAAGUAGCAAAGCAAAGAGCAAAAGCAAACACAAACAGAACUCAGAGGCCCUGAUUGCAAAUGAUGAGCUAGAUUACUCUCCGGAGUAGGAGGAAACCAUGCAAAAGCAGGGUGGAAAGAUGAGGCUCGAUUUUCAGUAACUUAACUUGCGGGCUAGAAGGUGAAAUCUUUUCUGGCUCUCAUUUCACAAAUCCAGCCUUCCCAAAAGUCAGUCCCCAGUCAUAGCCUGUCAUUUGCUACUUUCACUCUUCAGCAUAGUUCUGUCGAAGGCUUUAACCCAGGUCCCCUAACGGGUCCCCUUGUAGAAAACUAAACAAGAGGCUACACAAAAUUCCAUCUUAGGAGCAACCAUCAGAGCUGAUGGUAGCAAAUGUUUCCUAGGCCUUCGCUUUGCUGGUUGAAUCUUUUUGCUUCUUAUUGAGACCCCAAGGAGCAAGCUUCUUGGACCCUACUGAGGCUGAAGCUCCUCCUGGAGACGUGCCAAAGCCAGUGGGAGUGGGCACAAGGCAGCUUCAACCACUUGAGACCACCAGGGCAAAGCUGUGUUCUCAGCUUGUCGGGAUGAGUGCUGCUCCCCCCAAGUUCAGGGUAGCCAGGUGGGCAUUGGUACUUCCUCAGCAAAAGAUAUUUUGUCCUGAAAUCUCACCUAAAAAAAUUCACAGAGAAGAUAUACAUCCUUCUUUUUCUUCACCAAUGUUCCCACAGUUUCCAGAUAUAACUUGAGGAUCCACCAAAGAUCAGGGACUCUGAGACCGUUUCCCCAAAGGUUUCAAAUUCACCAUAAAGCAGUCAUGCAGACCCAAUGAUAUAGUAAGAAGCACCGUCAAAGCUCUACUUAAAUGCCCAGAAAAAAAAUUAAAUAACCAUCUCUUGCAGUGAAGGCCAGAAGGGCAUUGGCAGGAAUGAACUCUCUGUCAUGCCUUCUCUUAUACCAGACUCUCAGCUCCUGCUGA